UGAAGAAUUAUAUCCUGAAAGGGAAGUAUUUUCUAAAGGAAAUAACCUUUCUCACGUUAGUAACGUAACCUGUCACUCCAUUUAUAAAUUACUGCUAACACUACCCUCAGUUCACACAGUUGCUACUUCAGUGAGAAAGCUGAGUUGGAUCACGAACAUUUUUGGAUUUUCCAAAUUCAGUGUUUUAUUGCUAGCAGCACGAAGCAGCAGAGAUUCACAGACAUGGAAGCCACUGAGGUACCGAAAGAUGAUCCACCGAAAUACUGUGAACUUUUUGGGUAUUCAUCUGAAUAUCCACCACCACCUCCAUAUACACUGCAGCCUAUACCCUCAUCAGAACCAAUACAUACCGGUUACCAGUCACAACCACCAGAGCUCGAACACCCGUCACAACAGGCAAUUGAUUGCAAUAUAAUUUUUCCAGAGCAACCACAAAAUACUGAUACUAUGGUAAACCGUCACGGAGAGAUUGGUGAUAGUAUGGUGUCAGCAGUUGCUGUCACUCUUUUCUGCUUUCCUCCAACAGGCAUUGCUGCUUUUGUAUAUUCAUGGAAAGCACAAGACAUGGCCCGAGCUGGUUCUUUAGUAUGCGCGCAGCAAGCACACGUUACUUCAGUAAAAUUAUCCAAAGCAUCACUGUUUAUAGGUAUUCUCUGUCAUACUGCAUUCUUAAUACAACAUAUUUACUGUACCUCUACAGAAUGUUAAAUUUUAUAUUAAUCGAACGGGUUUUCUUUUUAAUUAUUCAUGUUUACUUCAAAUCAUAUAAAAUUCUCUUAGCAAGUUUAUGUUGAGAACUCGAACCAUCUUUUACUCUUUUUACCUGUUUCAGUCAUUUUACUGUGGCCAUGCUGGAGCACCACCUUUUAGUCGAGCAAAUCGACCCCAGGACUCAUUUUUUGUAAUCCUAGUACUUAUUCUAUCGG